AUGACUUCCUUCUUGCCACCCGCCCCGUUCUGGGUUUACUCGGCCGGAGCAGCCCUACUAUUCAUCGUUGGCUCCAUCACCCUAAACGUCCUCUGGCAGCAACUCCCCCGUCCCAAAUCGGAACCACCUCUAGUCUUCCACUGGCUUCCCUUCAUCGGCAACGCAGUCUCCUACGGCACGGACCCUUACCGCUUCUACACUCGAUGUCGGGAGAAGCAUGGCGACGUCUUUACGUUCGUCUUGUUCGGCAGGCGGAUGACGGUUUUCCUGGGCGUCCAGGGCAACGACUUCAUCCUGAACGGAAAGCUGCAGGACGUCAAUGCUGAAGAGAUAUACAGCCCCCUCACGACGCCGGUUUUUGGCAGUGACAUUAUUUACGACUGCCCCAACUCCAAGCUCAUGGAGCAGAAGAAGUUUGUCAAGUUCGGCCUCACGCAAAAGGCGCUGGAUUCCUACGUCCCGCUGAUCGAGAAGGAGGUCCUCGAUUACAUAGCGACCUCGCCCGUCUUCCAAGCAGGCAGUCAAGGCGUCGUGGAUAUUCCCAGCAUGAUGGCCGAGGUUACCAUCUUUACAGCCAGUCGUACUCUGCAAGGCCCCGAGGUCCGGAGGGAGCUGACGGGAGAAUUCGCUCAGCUCUAUCACGAUCUGGACCUGGGUUUCCGCCCCAUCAACUUCCUAAUCCCGUGGGCACCUCUGCCCCAAAACCGCCGACGCGAUGUUGCCCAUGCUCGAAUGCGCAAUGUAUACAUGGAUCUUAUCAACAAACGCCGCAGCCAAACGGGCGAUUCUUCUGAUCAACAACAAGAAGAAGAGCCAGACAUGAUCCGCCACCUGAUGAGCAGCUGCGUGUACAAAAACGGUCAACCCCUCCCGGACAAGGAGAUGGCCCACAUGAUGAUCACGCUGCUCAUGGCGGGGCAGCACUCGUCGUCAUCCUCGAGCGCGUGGAUCAUGCUCCGCCUCGCGUCGCGCCCAGACGUCGCCGAGGAGGUGUACCAAGAAGUGCGGCGGCUCGGGCGGGAAUCUCUGCAGCACUCGGACCUCGACAAGCUGCCGCUGCUCGCAAACGUGGUCAAGGAGACGCUGCGGGUGCACUCGUCCAUCCACUCCAUCAUGCGCAAGGUGAAGCGGCCGAUGCGGAUUCCGGGCAGCGACUACGUCGUCACGCCGGGCAAGGUGCUCGUGUCCUCGCCCAUCGUGACGCACCUGGACGAGGAGCACUUCCGCGAUGCGAUGGCGUGGGACCCGCACCGGUGGGAGGAGGAUGACGCGGUCGAGGCUGACGACGAGAUUGUCGAUUACGGCUACGGGGCCACCUCCAAGGGCACCAAGAGCCCGUACCUGCCCUUUGGUGCCGGUCGGCAUCGUUGCAUUGGGGAGAAGUUUGCCUAUCUAAACCUGGCCACCAUCGUCAGCACCUUGGUCCGGAACUUCAAGUUCUCUACGCUGGAUGGCAUGGCUACCGUGCCACCCACUGACUACACUUCUUUGUUCUCUCGGCCUAUGCAACCUGCAGUUGUGAGGUGGGAGCGGCGCACCCCAGAGGCUGCGUGA